AUGUUUACCAACAAGAGCUUCAGCAACGUCGGGCGGAAGACCGCGCAGAGUAUCGACACCCUGAAGAAGAGACUAGCGCUCGAUGACGCAUCCGCUGAUGGGACACUUCCGUCAAGUCCUGCGCGCUCUCUGUCUGAGACCUCACUGCAGAAAGGCUCGACGCAAGACCUCAUACAGCGAUUUUCGCGAAGGAAGGUCAAGGCCUUGGAGCCAAAGCAGGAGGAGGAGCCUAUGGAAGAGGCGUUGUCCAUUCCAAGGCAUGUAAAACAGGCAGCCCCUUUGCAGAGCAGCAGCGUUUUCCGUUGUCUUGGCCGGGAGGACUUGGACAAGCGCCUGAAGAAUGAUGAAGUGCCACCCGUGGGUAGUUACUCUCCAAAGGACGACUGCACAGCGGCUUUGAGCAGGGUGAAACAUCCGCCCCCCCGCAGCUGCAGCUUCGCAGCUCGGGAGAUUACGCGCAGCCGCAAAGUUGUCCUAGCGGAGCGACUUCGCGAGCAAGGUCAGCCAUAUGAGCAUCUGCUGGAAAAGCCUGGACGUGAGCUUCCAGAGCUACCAGAGAACCCCUUGGCCCGGAAGAAGCAGAUCGUAUUCGUAGACAUGUCGAAGCAGCUUCCGCGACCAGACCUACUGCAGUCUCGUAGCAUCGUAUCCCAUGAAACCAUCGCGAUUUCUUCGUCUGGCUUCGAGGAAGCGCACAAGAAGUGUGCCAAGUUUGGAAAGUUCUACAGGCAGCCAUGUUAUGCAAUUUCACAGCUACCGCGAUCGGAGAAGACACAGGAGUCUUUUACUCAGCCUGGCGAGUUCAACGUUAACUUGGACUUUGUGAGGCCUCGGCUACAGGUAGUUAACGUGGACUUCCAGAAGAGACCUGGCCGAAAGGCAGACUUGCGAGGAGAGGAGAAAUCCUUUUCCCGGGGCCUGGCAACUCAUUCGUUCAGUCGCCUCGAGCCAGGCCCAAUGGCAAAGGUCUUACAGCCCGUGUACUUCAAGUUCCGCGAACACCACGGCCGGACGCUGCCUUUGCCACAAGAUUUUCGACGCUGGGGAGGGACUGUUAGGUCGUGUGUGGCUGAGUUAAGCCAACGCGGAGCCGAGGAGUGCUCUGCUUAG